AUGAAGUCAGGUGAAUUAUUAAAAGAUAAUUUCUAUUUGAGAUAUUACUCCGGUCAUUCAGGUAAAUAUGGACAUGAAUUCUUAGAGUUCGAGUACACCCGUGGUAGACUGAGAUACGCGAACAACAGCAACUACAGGAAUGAUGAAUUAAUUAGGAAGGAAAUCUGGUUGAACGAUUUACUAGCUCUCGAGAUCAAGAAACUAAUCAAGGAAUCUGAGAUUAUAAAGGAGAACGACGUCAACUGGCCAAAAAGGGAUAUAAACGGUAGACAAGAGUUGGAGAUUAGACUGGAGGAUGAGCAUAUCUCCUUUGAAACUUCCAAAAUAGGUUCUCUCGUUGAUGUACAAGAUAGCGACGAUCCACAAGGACUGAGAGUGUUUUAUUACUUGGUGGGUAGAAGAGCAACUAAUAAUUAG